AGAAGCGGAAACGAGAACAAGAAUUGCUUCACGAAAAACAAAAGAACUGAAUCGCUUGUUCUUUUCGAAGAAAGCGUAGUGGUCGCGCAAGUACAGAGCGUAUGGAUAGUUCGGUGACUGAAUUUCCCGUGCCCCAGAAGACGCUCACGCUUGAUAUUAAGGGGAACAAGACGGAUUUUGUGAUUUGCAGUUACGAUGACCAUUUCAUGGUGAUCGUCACUCAAAUAGGAGCGAUGGGGACAAUACUGCAUGCCAGGAAGGAGGAAGGUGUCUCAAUUGAUCCUACUUUUAACGUCUCUGUUGUAUUUGGUAAGCGAGAUGAGCCAAUGAUGGUGGCGUGUGCUCGUCAGCUGAUUGAACAUAUAAGUAAUUCCAGGGCUUCUAGGCAAUUGGUGCUUUCUCUAGGUCUCAAGGAUCAUUCGCCGGAGACACUGAAAGGAGUUGUUUCUGCUGUAAUUGAGAAUCGCCUAUGGUAAUUGCUUGUUUGAACUGAGCAUCCCCAUUUCCUUCUCAGCAGCACUUGCAGCAGCUAAACUCUAGCAAGAAUCCAUUUAAUUGCAGCACUUGGCAAGCAUUUUUUCUUGCAUAUGCUGAAAUAUGACCGCAACUUUGAAGAGGUCUGUGUGGUUCUGGAUUUUAUUCAGCUGUAUCAUAGUUCGAAUUGCAUGUAUGUUUUUCAUCCAUUUGGAUUCUGGCGAGCUGAGUAACGAGCAAUAUCGAGAAUUUAUCCUUAA